UCAAAAAGAAAAACAACUUUUUAAAUUCUCAAUUGAUUACCAAGAAAUAUUAUCUCUAUCACAAAUUUCCCCUUCUUUACACUAUCUAGUUACCUUAGAAAACACUUAUAUUCAAAUACAAAACCCAAUUAUCGAACUUAUAAAUAACUCUAUUAUUACUCCAGUAUAUCAAACAGAACUUAUUAGUAUCUACAAACAAAUACAACUAAACUCAUUAGAAGAUCUCCACUUUUAUAUAGAUUCAUCAAUUAAAAAUACCCAAACACCAAAUCUUCAAUCUGGUAUUGGCUGGAUCUUAGAAAACAAUACCAAAAUUAAAUUUUCUGCAAAUAUUACAAAUGCCUCUAAUACUACAAGAGCUGAACUAGCACCAAUUAUUUUCAUACUUCUUUCUUUACUGCAAAAUCUGCAUAUACAUAUUCACUGUGAUAACUCCUUCACAAUUCAAAUUCUAAAAAACUUAUAUUAUUACCACUUAACACAAAUCAAAACUGAAAACUGGGACUAUCUACAUAUAAUUAAUAAUCUUCUUCAAAAGAAAAAUAUAUCUUUAACUAUAUACAAAGUUAAAGCACAUUCUAAAAAUAUUCUAAACCGAAAUACUGACAUUCUUGCAAAAAGAG